GACGGCACAGCGCUAAAGGAUUUUCUCCUCAACUGACAUACUACACCAACCACCGUCCCUGUGGGACACCUUUGGAUCCCCCCGAAACUCCGAGGAGGCACCUGUUUCUGGGGGAGGAGACUUGUGCGGGGAAAGCAGACGGUGGAAAAUCUCGUUGUGGGAAAACACAGUCAAAGAGUGGACUGAGCAGUGGCUACCUGCAUACGGUUAGUAGUAGCAGUCGCAGGCUGUGGACUGGCUGGAAGCAAGUACGUAGGAAUGUUUGGAUUUUAGUAGCCUAUCUCAGCUCACCCUCAAAAUGUAAAGAUGACUGGUUGAGCGCAACCAGAGCAAGAGAGAUAGGGAAACAGAAAGACAAGUCUGAAAGAUUGGGUAGUGUGAGGAAGGCAAAGAAGAGGUGAGCAGAGCCGAAAGCGUGUUAUGAGAGAGAGGAUCUGCGAUCUAAUCCUCCUGUCGGAAUCCAACUGGAACAACCAGCACAGCUGUGCACCAAGUGAAGGAAGAGAAAAAGAAGUGAUCAAGCCUCUUUGCAGUACUACAGAAGCGCUGUAAGAGCAGGCGGGCAAGUUGCUACAUUGCCAAAAGAGGUGAGGUCUGUGCAGCAACAUAGUUCUCAAGGAAGCAUAUCCUCAACAUGAUGUCUGUGAGGCAGCGUCAGCGUUGCCACUCCCUGUCCGAUGAGGCCGAGGAGCCCACUGGGAACCAUGCAGAUCCUGGACCAGAACCAGAACCCGAAGAACUGGACUGGGAUAGCUUUAGCACAACACUGGAGCACCGGUUAGCAGCUGAGCAGGAGAGUGCCCAGGCAUCCGAGCAGCGGUGUGUCCAGCUGGAGAAGGCCCGGCGGGAGCUGGAGCGGCAGCUGUCGGGACUGUCGGACCGUCUGGAGGAGGAGGAAUCCUGCUCAGCCCAGCUGGUCCUCCACAGGGACAGGCUGGAGGUCGAGUGCGGCAGCCUGCGGCGAGACGUGGAUGAACUGGAUAGCGCCCUGACUGCGGCCGAGCAGACUAAACAGUCAAUGGACAGCGAGGUGAGGAGGCUGUCGGAGCAGCUUUUGCACAAGGACGAGGCGGUGCAGAAGCUCCAGAAGGAGAAAGAGCACCUGGUGGAGCUCAGCCAGCAGGCCAUUGAGGACCUACAGAGCGAAGAGGAGAAAGUGAACCUGCUGACCAAAGAGAAAACCAAGCUCCAGAUGCAAGCUGAGAGUUUGGAGUACCAGCUGGAGCAGGAGCGCCGUCAGUGCAGUGAGCUGGAGAAGAGCCGGAGGAAGCUGGAAGGUGACAGCCGAUCCACUCAGGAUAGUCUAGGAGAGAUGGAGAGGAUGAGGGGUGGUCUGGAAGACCUCAUCAGAAGGAAGGAUCUGGACAUCAGCAGUACCAGCUCCAAGCUCGAAGCAGAGGAGGCCCUUAACAUUGAACUGCAGAGGAAGAGCAAAGAGUUACAGGCCCGCAUUGAGGAGCUGGAGGAGGAGCUGGAAGCGGAGCGGGCCAUGCGAGCCAAGGUGGAGAAGCAGAGAGCAGAUCUUACCAGAGAACUGGACGAUCUCACUGACCGGCUGGAGGAAGCAGGAGGGGUCACGGCCUCACAGAUGGAGGUGAACAAGAAGCGAGAGGCUGAACUGCAGCGCCUGAGGAGAGACCUGGAGGAGACGACCGUCCAGUCCGAGGCCCUGGCCGUGUCCCUGAGGAAGCGGCACGGCGACGCCAUGGCCGAGCUGAGCGAGCAGUGUGAGGCUCUGCAGCGGGCCAGGGCCAAACUGGAGAAGGAGAAGCAGAACCUGAGGAUGGAGGUGGAUGAGCUGGCGGGGUCGCUGGACAGCCUGCAGAAAGCCAAGAUGUCCUCCGACAGUCAGAUGAAGAAGCUGGAGGAGCAGCUGUCAGAGGCAAACAGGAGAGGAGACGACCUGCAGAGGACGCUCACCGAGCUCAGCGUGGCCAAGAACAGACUCACAGCGGACAACGCGGACGUGAGUCGACAGAUGGAGGAGGCGGAGGGCAGAGCCAGUCAGCUGACGCGCUCCAAAACUCUGCUCCAAACCCAAGUGGAGGAGCUGAAGAAACAACUGGAAGAGGAGGUCAAGUGCAAGCAGGCGGUCAGCAGCAGUCUGGGCUCAGUGCGGCAGGAGUGCGAGGUUCUGAAGGAGCAGCUGGAGGAGGAGCAGGAGAGCAAGCUGGAGCUGCAGCGCCUCGUCUCCAAGCUCAACAGCGAGGUGACGCACUGGAAGACCAAACACGAGUCGGACACCAUCCAGCACGCCGACGAGCUGGAGGAAACCAAGAAGAAGCUGGCGACCAGGCUCCAGGAGGCCGAGGAGGCCGUGGAAGCCACCCAGGCCAAAUGCUCGUCACUGGAGAAGACUAAACAGAGGCUGCAGGGGGAGGUGGAGGAUCUCUGCAUGGACCUGGAGAAGGCCGGCAGCUGCGGUCAGGCCCUGGAUAAGAAGCAGCGGGUCCUGGAGAAGCAGCUCGGAGACUGGAAGCAGAAGUGUGAGGAGAUGGUGGCCGAGGUGGAGGGCUGCCAGAAGGAGAGCAGGCAGCACGCCAGUGAGCUCUUCAAACUCAAAACGGCACAUGAAGAGUCUCUGGAGCAGCUGGAGGCUCUACGCAGGGAGAACAAGGCCUACCAGGAGGAGAUAGCUGACCUUACAGACCAGCUGUCUGACGGAGGUAAGAGCGUCCACGAGCUUCAGAAGGCAAAGAAGAAGAUCGAGAUGGAGAAGGAAGAGUUACAGGGCUCCCUGGAGGAAUCUGAGGCAGCACUGGAGGUGGAGGAGACCAAGGUGCUGAGGUUGCAACUGGAGUUGUCUCAGGCUAAAGGAGACCUGGAGCGCAGACUGCAGGAGAAGGAGGAAGAGACCGAGGCUGUGAGGAAAACCCACCAGAGGGCGUUGGAGUCCCUGCAGGCCACUCUGGACGUGGAGGUGAAGGGCAGAGCAGAGGGACUGAAGCUGAAGAAGAAACUGGAGGCCGACAUCAACGAGCUGGAGCUGCAGUUGGACGUGCUCACCAAGAACAACGCCGAGCUCAGCAAGAACAGCAAGAAGAUGCAGCAGCAGAUCAAGGAGCUGCAGGCUCAGCUGGAGGAGGAGGUGCGGAGCCACGAGGAGCGCAGGGAGGAGCAGGCGGCCUUGGAGCGCCGCUGCGGUCUGUUGGUCAGCGAGGGGGAGGAGACCCGCGCGGCCCUGGAGAGCGCCGAGAGGUCGCGCAAGGCCCUGGAGACGGAGCUUCAGGAAGCCAGCGAGAAGUACAGCGACCUCAACAACCAGUUCCAGUCGGCUCUGAGUGGGAGGAGGAAGCUGGAGGUGGAUCUGCAGACUCUGCAGCAGGAGCACGAGGAGCUACAGGGGGAGCUGAGGGGAUUCACAGACAAGGCCAAGAAGGCCAGCUGUGAGUUGGCACGAGUAGGGGAGGAGCUGCGUCUGGAGCAGGAGCACACACUCCACCUGGAGAGGGUGAAGAAAGGUCUGGAGGCCCAGAUCAAAGACAUGAGCAGCAGGCUGGAGGAGGCCGAGCAGAUGGCCCUGAAGGGAGGGAAGAAGAUCAUCCAGAAGUUGGAGGCAAAGGUGAAGGAGCUGGAGCUGGAGCUGGACACGGAGCAGAAGCGGCACGCUGAGACGGUGAAGACGCUGCGCAAGAACGAGCGUCGGCUGAAAGAGCUGCUGUUCCAGUCGGAGGAGGACCAGAAGAACCAGCAGAGGAUGCAGGAGCUGGUGGAGAGGCUGCAGAACAAGAUGAGGGCCUACAAGAGACAAGUGGAGGAGGCCGAGGAACAAGCCAACAUGAACCUGGCGAAGUACAGGAAGACGGUCAAUGAGCUGGAUGAUGCCGAGGAGCGGGCGGAUAUCGCCGAGUCAGCACUCACCAAGAUCCGGACCAAGAACAGAGGCAGCUUCGGCAAAGGAUACUCCUCUGGCUACAGCACGCCGUACCCCGGCCGGGUCAGGUCGCCCAGCUCCGUGGGCUCAGAGGUCGGCGACAAGAUCCUUCACGAUGACAACGAGUCCGUCAGCUCCCUCAUCCCGGCGUAUCUCAACUCCCUCAAGAAGCUCAUGAUUGACUAGUAAGAUCAUGGUCAUGGUGGUCAUCACACGUCAUGCAAGAGAGAUUGCAGGUAGUAUAUGAAAUUUGAAACAUCACGUGGGCUUGAAACUUCAGUUUCACUACACUUUCAGGUCAUGAACCAACCGAUCCGCGCGUCACCCGUUUAUGAUCACUGAGCAUUUCCAUCAAAUUUGAUCUGAUAUGUACUCUGAGUUUUAUGACUGCAGUCUGUACGAUCACAGCUUCGAUUACUACACUCCAGCUUUAAUCCAACACUUUUAUAUUCACUCAAUUAAUGUAAUAUUUGUAUGUAAAAAAACAGACUGAAUAUGGAAAGCCGUACUAAAAGUGUUCUGGAAUUCCACUAUGGCAGACAUAAUGAACAAAUCCAUUUAUUUGCAUUUAUAUACAUUUUGAAGCUUUUUAAUCAACACAAUAAAUUGGCCAAACAAUGUCGUCUCUGCUCACACUGAAAUAAAAAAGCAAAUGUAUUUAUUCAGAUAUACAUAACUUAAUGAAAUUAGGACCCUGGAGAAGCUAACUGCAGUUAGCUAACCUCAUCUGUCCACUAGCAAGCUAGUUCCUUUUUUGUUGUUGUUGCAAGCAACUAUGGUCUGCUUGGCUUUGUAAUGUGAUAAGCACCACGUUCUGUAACAAUCAAUAAUUAAUAACUUUUAUAGCAUUUUAUACCGGCUGCUAGCACGACGGAACAAUGAGGCUAGCAAAUGUGAUGGGUGCAAACAAGGCUAGGCUAGCAGGUUUGUCCAGGAGUCAUUUUGAAGAACAUGAAGAACUAUAAACUGCAUACACGUCAACUUAAUUAUCUACCUUUGUAAUUACAAAAUACUUUAUGUAGACAAUAUUUCAAUACUCAAUACCGCUAGCUACAGUACCAGCUCCCUUAUGGCAAACCGGGUUCAAUUUGGAGACCCUUGCAAUGUUUAAUGUUCAAUCACGUUCCGGAGUGGCAACUGUGUAAAGUGCAGUGUAGUAUAUCACAGAUAAAAUAUCAAUUACUGUAAAUUAAAAAUUCAUAUACAAAUUAUUUGUCAAUCAUUAGCUAACGGUUUAUACAUGACUUAUGACCAGUCAUUAAAGUGUAACCAAGUAAAAUAUGCAAAAAGGUGCCAUCGAUACAGGGGUUACUGUAUUUUUUAAGGUCAGUAAUAUGAAAUACAUUGUCCGUGUAUUUCACCCGUUCGAUAAUGUGCAAGUGUAUCUCUGAACUUUUAACCAUGUUUUAAUUGCCACUGUCUACAUGUGUAACAAGGCUUGACCAAAUCAAUUCAUUGUUGAAUGUGAAAAUGUUUUUGUUUUUUGGGUUGUUUUUUUGAAAUAAAGACUUUUUUCAUUUAUAA